AUGAGGGUUGAAUUUGCCAAAGAAUCUAUAACGAAGGAUUCAACAUUUUGGAGCAACAUACUGUUUUCAAAUGAAAGCAAAUUUAACAUAUUUAAAUCAGAUGGUAGAAUAUUAGUUUGGAGGAAGCCAAAUACUGAAUUGGAUCUACGAAAUUUACAAUCGAGUGUAAAGCAUGGAGGUGGUGGAGUUAUGGUGUGGGGUUCUAUGGCAGCAUUUGUGGAAGUAUCAAUAAAACAAGCAGAAAAGGAAUUAGAAUUAGAAGCUGUAAACCUUUAUCAAAUGCAACAAGAAGUACAACAUCAGCAUACAAUAUUACAACAAUACAUAGAAGCACUUUCUAAAGUUACAUUAUUGAGAGAAAAAAAGAAUAGUAAUAUGGAAAAUGCUAAGCAAAUUGUGAAACAGAGUUAUUCAAAAUUAAAAGAAGAAAAAGAUAAAAAAGAAAAAUUAUCUCAAAAUUUACAAAAAUUAGUGGUAUUUCAUUCUUACUUAUCUAAAUGGGAGAAAAAUUUAAACAACCAUUUAAUAAUAUCUAAACAAAUGUCAUUACAAGAUGUUAAUAGGAAUAAGAUAUUGAUUAAUAAAAAACAACAAAGAGAUUUUAUAUUAUAUCGAUUAAAAGAAGAAAUAUGGAAAAUUGAAUCAGAAAUAGCCUAUAUUGAUGAGCAAUUACAAAUUAAAGAUAAAGAAAAGAAAGAUAUUAAUAGAAUGAUAAUUGAUGCAAAUACAGAUUUAGAAUCUCUGCAUACAGAGCAUAAAGAUUUGCAUAAUAUAUGGAAAUCUGUGGUAGCUAAUAUUUCUAAAAGAAAUGAUAUACAUGAUCUGUUACAUUGUGAACAAAAAGAAGCACACAAGUUAUACAGUGGAUUAUUAUUAGAAAUACAAAAUGUAAAAAAAGAAAUAGAGAAAGAAAUGGAAAGUAAUGAAAAUUUAACAUCUUUAUCUUUUCGAGCAGAAAAUAACAUUAAAAUUACAACAAAAGCAAUAUCAUUGUACAAUGAAAAAAUUGCAAAGAAUAAAUCAGAAUUAAUAGAUUUUGCAAAAAUGAAUGAACAAAUACAGUGUGAUUACAAUAUCAUAUUUAGUGAAUAUCAAAAUUAUUUGUAUGAAGAAGAGCAAGCGAAUAAAAAAUUUGAAACCAUUUUUCAACAAAAGAAUAAUUUAGAAGAUGCAGUAUUUAAAAAAUUGGAAGAAAAAGUUAUAUGCAAUAAAGCAGCUCAAUACAUAAAUGAAUUAUUAAUAAAUAUAAAAAAUGCUAUAUUAGAACAUGAAAUUUCAAUUGCACGUGUAGAAAAUACAUAUGGAAAUAAUCUCUUACAACUAGAAAAACUUAAAAAUUUAAUUGAAAAUAGAAAAGCAGAAUUGCAGGACCUGACACAAAAGAAUACUGGAAAAGAAAAACAAAUAGAUAAAUUGCAAAAAGAGAUAAAAAGGUUUGAAAUAAUGAUAGAAAAAACACAAACAAAGCUUUUAGGAAUAAAUAAACUUAUUGAUCAGAUAUUACCAGCUAUUGGUGGAGAAGAAUUAAGUCCACAAGAUUUAAAAAUUGCUAGUUUAGAAAAAAAUAUUCAAAAACUUCAACAAAAUAUUAAGAAAGCACAACAAUUUUGGUUGCGUCAACAAGGUUUUGUUGUUUCAUUAAGUCAACAAAGAGAAUCACAACUACAAGAAUUAAAUCUCCUUGAAAAAGAAAUUAUGAUAAUGGGACAAAAAAAUUUUAAAUUAGAAUAUGCAUUAGAAAUGGUUACAAAAGAAGAAGUAAAUGUGAAUAAAAUUAUAAUUUCUUUUGAUCAAAAAUUAUCCUGUAUAAAUGCAAAUUUAGUGAUACAGAAAGAUUUAAAAAAGGAAUUAGAGGAUAAAAAUUGUGUAAUAAAAAAUGAAUGUCUUUUAUCUUUCCAAGAAUUAGAAUUAGAACUUAUAAAAUUACAAAGUGAUUUAAAAAAUAUAUGCACUGAGAAAAUGAUAUUAAAGGAGGAAUUAAAUUUUGCACAACAAGAAAGCUUAGCAUGGGAAAAAAAGGUACAAUUGAUGCAAGAUACACUAAAAAAUAUGAAAGAAGAACAAAGUACUGGAGGUAUAGCAUUAAUGAAGAGUGAAAUUCAUAGAAUGGAAAUGAGACUUUCCUAUUUAAAAAAGAUUCAAGAAAAAUUAAUUCAUGAUAUGAAUCUUUGUAUUACAAGGAGAAAUAUGAUAGUUGAUAAAGUAUUUGGUAAACUUAAAAGAAAUCCAAAAGUAAAACAUAAUAAAAAGAUUGUAAUUAACAAACGUUUGUCUGAUCAAAGAACAAAAAUCAAACAACUUUUAAAAAUUACGAAGCAAACUAGUAAUAUGGUAGAAAAAUUAAAAAAUCAAAUAACAAAUAUACAAGAUAAAUUAAUCAAAUGCCAACAGUUUUUACAAAACAUAAAAAUACAUAUUUGUACUAUAGAAAAGGAAAUUGAACAAUUGGAACUGCUAAAAUACCAUAAUUUACAUAGUUUGGUACUUAAACAACGAAAAGUGAAACAAUUAUUUGAUAUUAGAAAUGGUGUAUAUAAAAUGAUUUAUAAAAAUGAAAAUAUAAUAGAAGAAAAUUUGCAGAAAGAACACGGUUGCAGAGAAUAUUUAAUAUCUAUAUUAGAAAAAACUGAACAUGAUUUUCCAAUGUUACAAAGUAGUAUAAAAAGAAUAUUACUAACUCCGCAAAUUAUUUGA